GACGUUAAUGAUUGGUGCACACCAAGACAUCACCAAGCCAAAGAGCAAGAAGUCGUCUUCAAAAUUUGCUGUUGUAACUCUCAGAAGACGCUAUUGCACACCUCUCUAGCGCAUGUGACCAGUAAGACAUCCACAAUCUGAUCGUCAAGAAUAUCUCCCUCAGCCACAGUGUGGGAGCUUCACUUUGGAGCAGGCGGAUCUACAGCCCAUUAAAGAAGAAGAGGAAGAGGAAGAGGAAGAAGAGCCUUUCUAUGUUAAAGAUGAUGAGGAACAACUCCUGACCACUCAGGAGGGAGAGCAUCUUUUAGUGCUGUUCUCACCAGGUUGCCACUGACUGGUAUCUCUGUGGUGACUGAAGACAAACCACCUGAGUCCUCACAGCUUCAUCAUACUCCAAGUAAGAAGAUGAGAAGGUCGGAGCUACAGUCUCCCUAUGUUCAAGAGGGCAAGGAGGAGCCACAGCUCACCCACAUUAAAGAGGAAGAGGCGGAGUCACAGCCCCCCUAUAUGAAAGAGGAAGAGGAGGAGCCCAAUCCCACUGACAUUAAACAGGAAGAGGCGGAGUCACAGCCCCCCUAUGUUAAAGAGGAAGAGGAGUGGCCCAAACCCACCCACAUUAAAGAGGAAGAGGCGGAGUCACAACCACCCUAUGUUAAAGAGGAAGAGGAAGAACUUUCGAUCACUCAGAAGGGAGAGCAUCUUCUAGGGCCAGAGGUGGCUGAUCUCACCAGGUUGACUCUGAAUGGUGUCUCUGCGGUGAUUGAAGGCCAUGAAGACAAACCACCUGAGUCCUCACAGCUUCAUCAUAGUCCAACUGAGGAGAUGAGAGAGGCGGAGCCUUCAUGCAGCAGCUUAUUGCAACACAUGACAACAGAAGCUGAUGGAGACCACUGUGGAGGAUCACAAGCAGACAACCUCUUAGCUCCACUAUCAGAUAGUGAUGACAUAACGUCACACUCUACUGAAGAUGAAGACAGCGACUACAACCAAGAAUCUCUGAGCAGCGAUACAAACUGUGAUAUGACGACUCACACUGGCAACAAACACUCUGAAAGCUCUAAAAAGAAGACAGAUAAAUGCUUUAAAUGCUCAGUUUGUGAGAAAAGAUUUUCUUUUAAGCGCUAUUUGAUUCGACACAUGAGAACGCACACAGGAGAAAAACCUUUUAGUUGCUCAGACUGUGGUAAACGCUUCACUGGAAAAACAAACAUGCAAUCACACAUGAGAACACACACAGGAGAAAAACCUUUUAGUUGCUCAGACUGUGGUAAACGCUUCACUCUAAAGACAGACAUGCUAAGACACACGAGAACACACACAGGAGAAAAACCUUAUAGUUGCUCAGACUGUGGUAAACGCUUCAAUCGAAAGACAAACAUGCAAUCACACAUGAGAACACACACAGGAGAAAAACCUUUUAGUUGCGAAAACUGUAGUCUUAGCUUCACUCGAAAGACAAACCUACAAUCACACAUGAGAACACACAUGGGAGAAAAACCUUUUAGUUGCUCAGACUGUGGUAAACACUUCACUCUUAAGACACACAUGCAAAGACACAUGAGAACACACACAGGAGAAAAACAUUUCAGUUGUUCAGACUGUGGUAAACACUUCGCUCAAAAGUCAGUUCUGGAAUUACACAUGAGAACGCACACAGGAGAAAAACCUUUUAGUUGCACAGACUGCGGUAAACGCUUCAAUCGAAAGACGGACAUUAAAUUACACAUGAGAAUACACACAGGAGAAAAACCUUUUCUUUGCUCAGACUGUGGUAGACGCUUCACUCUCAAGACUAACAUGCAAAGACACAUGAGAACACACACAGGAGAAAAACCUUUUGCUUGCUCAGACUGUGGUAAACACUUCGCUCAAAAGUCAGUCCUCGGAUUACAUAUGAGAACGCACUCAGGAGAAAAACCUUUUACUUGCUCAAUCUGUGGUAAACGCUUCACUCGAAAAGCGAACAUGCAAUUACACAUGAGAACACACAAAGGAGUAGCGUUGGGCAUAGUUUCAAUUUGUACGAUUCCGGUUUUGAUUCAGAUUCCUUGUUUUGAUUCCGGUUCCUAACAAUUCUUGAGACAAUGCUGUUAAAGAGGACCUAUUAUACUCAUUCUCAGUCCUUUGUAUUAAGUUCUGGACUACCAUAGAGCAGCUACACAUGACAUGCACAGAAAGCUUACUAGAUCUUCCAGAUUCUGUACCUUUUCCUGCCUCCCAUCUGUGUAAAUUACUCCCGGCCACCCUCCAGGUAUGCCUCACUUUGAGCCCGCUCCCCUGUGAUUGGUCACACCCCCAAGCACUCCCGAGGACCUCCGGACAGCUUCCGAACCCCUUUUGUUACAUUACUUACACAAAAUAAACAGGACACUGAUAAAUUGUUACUUACAGCUUGCUCUUCUGACUCAUCAACACCACCAAGUAACGUUGGAAACGCGUCUGGCUUCAGCAACAGUUGGUGCGCGAUGGCUUCUUCUUCUUUCGCAGCUAUUUGUGACGUCAGCAUCGAAUGUAGGCAUCGACAUAAAAAAAAUGUAAUGAUCCCGGGAGAAUUGUAAUGUUAGUGCCGGUUCCCAUCGAUGCUCGAUGCCCAACCCUUCACAGGAGAAGAACCAUUUAGUUGCUCAAAUUGUGGUGACACAUUUUCUUGGAAGUCCUUUUUGAAAAGACCCAUGCAGAGUCACUGAUGGUCUACUGUUUGACUCACCUGACUUCCAUGCAGUCACUGUGUUGUAAUAUUCUUUGUACACGUCUUUGUUCAAUACAUACAUUGUUUUUAUUCAUGUGCAAAUGAAAGACAUGGUGACUGCAGUGGAAUCAUUUGUAGUUAAAGGUCUUUUAUUUGACUGUAUGAUGUCAUCACUAAAUGUUGUAACUGAUGACACUUCCAGAUUCGGUCUGGAAAGUACUGAUUUGAUUCCUUUUCAGUGACUUGAAUUCUUAUGCUUCACUCAUUGGGGUGCGGACUGCUUUCAGGAGGCCUUUGAAGCAUUUCAGUGAGAGCAAAAUAGUAUUUUUUGCUUUUUUUUAUUUUGCAGUGUUUAUUUGAUUUUACUCAAUUGUAUGUAAUAAAAGGGAAUCAUUCUCUUUUGUUGAUAUUGUUGGAUAGCAUAUUGAUGAAAUGUUCAUUCAUAAGUGUAUUGAUCCAAAUAUUUUUUUGUUUUCCGAAAGACUUUUUCAGGUAUUUAAUUUGAAUAUGAUCGUGAUAAAAAAAAUAAAAAAAAUUACAGGCAAAUUGACAAAAUUAUUCAAUUUAAUUGAAAAAUUGUCUUAAAAAGUACUGGACAAUAUCGGUAUCAGCGAUACUGGCUCUGUAUUGACUGGGUAUCGCAUGGAUGCUGUAUUUUAUUGUGGACAUAGAAUGCAACAGCUAAUAAAGUAUUGUUUUCCAUUGAAUGUGUUCCAGCCUAAAUUGUAUCAUGUCUGUUCUGUUUUAGUUUUCACUACUUGUUUUGGUCAGCAGAGGGCACUCUGUGUACACUGAUUAUUUGGGGGGCGUUACCGGAAAGAAGCAACGGUGGCGGGAAAUGUUUGCUGGAUUCUAUGGAUUUUAACAGGUUUGAGCACUGUAAUUGUAAUAAAUGAGAUGUUAAUGCAUUUUCAAUAAAGC